AUGCGAUCAACAAUUACUGUACUGGUGGCUUCCGCCGCCCUCGCCGCCGCCGCCGAUCGCACUACCGUCUCGGUGUUUAUUCCCCAGAGUCGUCCCCAGCCGUGCGACGGAUCCGUCGUCAAUGUCGGUGCCGAGGCCACAACCUACUCUUUCAAGUGCUAUCUCGCCGGUACUAGCAUUACGGAUUACGGAGUGCAGACCUGGCAUGUGGCGCAAGGUCCCUCGACAUGGGUGUUAAGCGACGACGCAGGUCUAACGGAGGAAGGCAAUUGCAAGCUGGACGCCGGUAAAGAUGUUGCCAGCUGCCAAGCCACGAGGUCCGGAACUGUCUCCUCGACGGAGAUGUUCGGCUAUAAGUCGUCUAUAUACCCCGUAACCAUUACCGCCGGUGCCAAUAAACUCCCCGCCGCCGGUGCCACCGUUACUGGUGCAACAGCGACUGCGGGGAGUACAGCUAGCACAACGGCCAAGAGUAAUGCAGCUGGCAUUUUGGCCAUACCGGGCGCCGUUAUUGUUGGCGUCGCUGCCGUUGCCCGUGCCAUAAUGCUGUGA